CAGACCAUUUUAAACCCCUAAGACUUUAUUUUAUCGUGGGAACACAAAUGAAGAUUUUUUUUUUCAAUAAUCUCCCAAAGCUUUCACACAUUUUAUUGUAUGUGCUUGACACACAGGAACUAUUGAUGUUUGUUCUUGUGCAUCAAACAAGUACGUCUGUGUGCUGAUCAACGUUUAAAUGUGAAUAAAGCCUAAAUUAAAUGUUCAUCAUAUAAAGCAAUCAUGUCUCUUCAGAAGACUUGGGUUAACCCUUUUAAUUCAUAUUGAUUAUUCUCACUCUCUUUAUGAACUUAUUUUGAAGCUUUAAAGUUUUGGUGUAAUGGGCUUUUCUUAGAGGGGCAGAAAUAUCUGACGUUUUAUUAAAAAUUACUUAAUUUGUUUUUUUGGAAGAAAAACUAAAGUCUCAUUGGGUUUGGGUCGACAUGAGGGUGAGUAAAUGAUAACAGAUUGUUGGGUGAACUAGCCCUUUAAAUAUUUACACACUUUUUAGACAAAGUAUUUCACACAAAUUUGAUCGUAAAUUAUAAAACACUAGAUAUCCCAUUCAAUAUAUAUACAUUUAGACACUUUUUGGUUGUCAGACAUUCACCAGUCGUGUUUACAGUAAAUGUGAGCUACAGCUGGGUUUCUCUGAUAGGACCUGUGUGAAAUUAUUGGAAAACUGACUUCAUCCAGUAAAAAUCACACUGAAACUACCAGGCUAAAUUAACUUCAAAAGUGAAGUUAAUUGUGAGAAAAGCUACUUAGUUGAUUGUUUGUUAUCUAUGUAAUUAAAUUUAUACAUUUGUAUAAGUAUGAAUUGCAAAGUGUAGCUUAAGAAUCCAAAUACUGCUUAGGGCCAGUAUGUGCUACCAGGUGAAUGGUUUCUAUAUCCCAGAUUACCUCUCUGUUAGUUGUGGAGCUAUUGUCAGGAUAGGGCAGUUUGGGAAAGUUUUAUGCUUUUCUUGGUCCAAGUUGUUUCUCUUGCAAAUGAGCAGCUCAUUGGUGAUGGUGCAGAUGUUCUGUAAUGAUGGUCAUUAGGGGUGAGAAUAAGAAUGGCCUGGACUGGCAGGGCUCUGGGCGCCUCAUUGUGCAGACACAUUUAAAAGGUCGAUGGGGGUGCGAAUGGCUGCUUAAGGGUCCCAAACAAAACCAGGGGGAGGAGAGUCCAAAAGAAGCCAGAAUUCAAAUUCCACAGAAGAAACUGCGCUUAUUGUCAAAGCAGGAUCAACCCUCUCAUUCGUACAGUGGAGAUCCCGAGACAAGCAUCUCCGGAGCGCAAUAUAUGGAUUUUGAAAUGGCCACGGUUACGCGCGCACGAGUUUCACUGCUGGUCCUCGCUUUCGUGACUAUUACUAUAGGAGUACAGUGCCGAUCGCUUCGUUCACAGCUUCGCAAGGUGACAUCGUUUCAAGGAGAGCGUAAAAUCCGUAUUGGACACGUCCAGAGACGGAGCCGUCGCGAACCAGGAUCCGAGCACGACCAGUGCGCCCUCCUGAGCGCCCCGUGGACGGAGAGCACCACUCCACUUGGUGACUGGGGCCAGAUGUACCGUGUGAAGAUACUAUCGACGAUGAGUGAUGGUCCACGUCGUGCUGUUUUCCCAGAACAACCCCUCUUCAGAUUCGUUAGACGGGUUUAUCGCUGUUGUAAAGUGGGUUACCACUGUGGAAGUGUCAAGGGAAUUCAAGGCGGAAAAGUUAGGGACUACAACAUUGAGUUUCUGCUCGGAGAGGAUGUGCUGACAGCACCGUUGGAGAAAGCGGAAGUUCAUUUUCACUUUUCAAACCCCCAACACCUCAACAUCCAACCUGUGCUGCCCUCGCUGGAGAAACGAGGGUUCCCUACUAGGUACAGAGUCUGGUUGAGAGAUGGUGUCGUAGAGCUGAGAGUGGAUCUGCUUGCCUUCAUCCAGGCCCUGCAGCUGGUAAUUGGAGGAGCCAGCAGAGGUCCAAGCGUAAUGGAAAUGCAUCGGGUGAGGCACUUGACCAGACCAGGGGUCAUUGUCCAAAAGCAAAGACCCCCAUCCCUUCAAGAAACAGUACCUGUAAUGUGGGGGGAGGUGAAUGAGGGCAGGGAUGGUGAGGCCCCCCUGCAGCCCACUUUAGAGCUGGGACUGGCAUUACACUGCAGCUUAUUGGAUAAUAUCACACAGCCCUGUCAAGAUUAUGGUGUACAUCUAGAACAUGCACCCUUUAUCGCUCUGACGUACAGAUAGCAAGAUAUAUUCAGCCAUACUAAACAGUGUUUUAGCAAAUACAUUUUGAAACUGCUUCUGUGUCCAGCCAAAUACUGUCAGUCCCUAGCGCUCCCCCUUCACAAGUUCUUUGUGGCCAUAAAAUCUCUGUCCAUUCAGUCCACUAACACCUGGUGUGACUAUUCCCUGGCUGGUUCGUUGUUUUGUAAGAAUUGCUAAUGAUUCCCAUUGUUCUGUGACAAUGGUGCUUCAGUAGAAGCUUCCUGUAAUUCAGAGUGGCUGAUGUUAUGUGGUACACUAUGCACUUCAGCAUGUAAAUUGAAUUUAUUAACUUAUGGGUGUUAUUUGUGAGAAAAAGGUAUGACUGUAAAAAUGUAAAUAGUGUAAAAUUUCAGUUCUAUAUAUAAUUUUUUUUGCUUUGUAUAUGCAUGUCCAAUAGGUUGUUUCUCUCUCUUCCUGUGGUCAGUGUAUUGUUUUUUUCUCAAAUAUUUGAGACAUGUUGUCUCAGUAAGGUGUUUUAAAUUAAAUCAGUUUAAAUAUGAAUGGGCUCACAUACUGAACAUGAAGCAUUUCCAGUGCUGAUUGAUAAUUCAAGACAAAAUAAAAAAAGAAAAAUGUUUCAGAUUGUAUGUUGAGCAUCCAACACUGCUCAUGUCAAGUACUCAAAUAUUAACAUUAGGUCACGCUAUGCACAUAAUUGAUCAAAUCUUGGUUGGACAUGUUAGGAACUUCAAAAUUUUGUAGCCAGUAAGAUUUUGCUAGUUUUAUUCAGAAACAUAUAUUAGAUUGAUCAAAUUAACAGUAAAGACAUUUAUAAUGUUACUAAAGAUUUCUAUUUCAAAUAAAUGCUGUUCUUUUGAACUUUCUAUUCAUCAA